UGCACCGAGUUAAAUGAGAAGCUAGACCUAUUGCUCCAGGCUCUUCACAUAGAAGCCCAGGCUGCUCCCAUUCUCCCAGGCAUCGCUCCCCCCAUUGUGGAAGAAGAGGCAGAGGAGUUUUCAAGUGAAGAAUCCUUGUCUGAAAGUAAAGAGCAAUUAGCAGAGUGUGUCUCAAAGUCUUCCACCCAGAAACUCUUCAAACCGAGGGAACAGUUAAUGCUCCGGGCAAACAGCUUGAAGAAGGCUGUGAGGCAGAUCAUUGAACAAGCAGAAAAAGUUGUGGAUGAGCAGAAUGCUCAUAGUGAAGAACAAGUGAACCAGUCCCCACUAGAAUAUAGCAAAGAAUUGGAUGAAUCCAAAGAAGAGGAAAAAGAAGAAGAUACAAAGGAACUUGAGUCUCCAUCAAUUAAAACUGCACCAAGAUCGCCAGAUAGACGUACAAGCCGAGGUACUCAUUCUCAGACAGGAUCUUUCUCUGCUCCAGCUUUGGCUGCAAGCAAGGAAAACCUCCCAGUGCUUAACACUAGGAUUAUCUGCCCAGGUUUGAGGGCUGGUCUAGCUGCUUCUAUUGCAGGAAGUUCAAUUAUUAGCAAAAUGUUGCUAGCAAACAUCGAUCCAUUUGGUGCUACGCCAUUUAUUGACCCGGAUCCAGAUUCACUAGAGGGAUAUUCAGAAAAAUGUGUCAUGAACAACUACUUUGGAAUUGGGUUAGAUGCAAAAAUUUCUCUAGAAUUUAAUAACAAGCGAGAAGAGCACCCUGAAAAGUGCAGAAGUCGGACAAAAAACAUGAUGUGGUACGGAGUUCUUGGCACAAAAGAGCUACUGCAGAGAACUUACAAGAACUUAGAACAAAAAGUUCAACUUGAGUGUGAUGGACAGUACAUCCCCCUUCCAAGUCUGCAGGGCAUAGCUGUACUAAACAUUCCCAGCUAUGCUGGUGGGACUAAUUUCUGGGGUGGAACCAAAGAAGAUGAUAUAUUUGGGGCUCCAUCAUUCGAUGAUAAAAUCUUAGAAGUUGUUGCGGUAUUUGGCAGCAUGCAGAUGGCAGUUUCAAGAGUCAUCAAGCUGCAGCACCACAGGAUCGCUCAGUGUCGGUCAGUAAAGAUCACCAUACUUGGUGAUGAAGGAGUUCCAGUGCAAGUUGAUGGAGAGGCAUGGAUCCAGCCCCCAGGAGUUAUUAAGAUUAUACAUAAAAACAGAGCUCAGAUGCUAACACGAGACAGA